AACCCAGGCGCAGAAAUGGCCAAAUAUGCAGAUUGUGCCUCGCUCCUAAAUACACCGAAGUGCAGACGAAUGGAGAGCGUUGUACUAAGUCACAGUUUUGGGGUUAAACCUGCCGGCUCUUCUCAAGCUGUUCAAGUCCUCGUUGGAUUUCCCAAAGGAAACAUGGCCAAGGUGUAUGAAUUUAAUUGGCAGAAGGCUGUUCCUUCCUUCAUGCAGGACGGGGCUGUGUUUGACCGAUAUGAAGAGGAAUCAUUUGUGUUUGAACCCAGCUGUCUCUUUAAAGUGGAUGAAUUUGGUUUCUUUCUGACAUGGAAAAGCGAAGGAAAGGAGGGUCAACUUCUUGAAUGUUCCCUCAUCAACAGCAUACGCUACGGAGCAGUGCCAAAGGACCCCAAAAUUGUGUCUGCCCUGGAAGCUGCUGGAAAGUGUGAGCAGGAGCUGGAGGGCAAGAUUGUGUGCGUUUGCUGCGGCACGGAUCUGGUGAACAUCAGCUUUACGUAUAUGAUAGCAGAGAGCUCGGACUUAGCCAAGCAAUGGGUAGAAGGGCUAAAAUCUAUCACGCAUAAUUUUAGAGCCAACAACGUCAGUCCAAUGACAUGUCUCAAAAAACAUUGGAUGAAAUUGACAUUUUUAACAAACAUCAGUGGGAAAAUCCCAGUAAGGAGUAUCACAAGAACCUUUGCAUCAGGCAAAACAGAAAAGGUCAUCUUUCAAGCACUUAAAGAGUUGGGUCUCCCCAGUGGAAAGAAUGAUGAAAUUGAACCGUCGGCCUUCACCUUUGAUAAGUUUUAUGAGCUCACGCAGAAGAUCUGCCCCCGCACUGACACAGAGGAACUAUUUAAAAAAAUCAAUGGAGACAAAUCUGAUUAUUUAACGGUAGACCAAUUAGUGAGCUUUCUAAAUGAACAUCAGCGAGAUCCUCGUCUGAACGAGAUUCUCUUCCCAUUCUUUGAUGGCAAAAGGGCCAUGCAGAUAAUUGAAAACUAUGAACCUGAUGAAGAGCUGAAGAAAGGAGGUCAGAUAUCAAGUCAUGGCUUUUGCAGGUAUCUGAUGUCAGAUGAAAAUGCUCCUGUCUUCCUGGACCGCUUAGAACUCUACCAAGAAAUGGAUCAUCCCUUGGCUCAUUACUUUAUCAGUUCCUCCCACAACACGUACCUCACUGGGAGACAGUUUGGUGGAAAAUCUUCAGUGGAGAUGUACAGACAAGUCCUGCUGGCCGGAUGCAGGUGCGUGGAACUGGAUUGCUGGGAUGGAAAAGGGGAAGAUCAGGAGCCAAUAAUUACACAUGGGAAAGCAAUGUGCACUGACAUCCUUUUCAAGGACGUCAUCCAGGCGAUCAAAGAGACUGCGUUUGUCACGUCAGAAUACCCAGUAAUCCUUUCCUUUGAGAAUCACUGCAGUAAAUACCAGCAGUACAAGAUGUCCAAAUACUGUGAGGAAAUAUUCGGAGAGCUGUUACUGAGCAAGGCCCUGGAGAGUCACCCGCUGGAGAAUGGCCGACCUUUACCUUCUCCCAAUGACCUAAAGAGGAAAAUACUGAUUAAAAACAAGCGGCUGAAACCUGAAGUGGAGAAAAAACAGCUUGACGCACUGAAGAGUAUGAUGGAGUCCGGAGAAACAGCGACGCCGGUCAGUAUCCUGGAGGAUGAUAUUGAAGAGGAGACCGAAAACGCUGAUCAAGAAGAGGAGGCACAUCCUGAAUUUAAAUUUGGGAGUGAAUUGUCUGCGGAUGACCUGAGCCAGAAGGAAGCAGCAAGUAUUGCAAAAAAGCUGGCUGAAGAUGCCGAACAAGAAAACAACAACAAAAAGGGUGCUAUAACAGUGGAGGACGAGCAAGCCUGGAUGGCAUCCUACAAAUACGUCGGGGCCACCACCAACAUUCACCCAUUUCUCUCAUCCAUGAUCAACUACGCUCAGCCGGUAAAGUUCCAGAGCUUCAAAGUGGCGGAAGAACGGAACAUCCAUUUCAACAUGUCCUCUUUUAACGAAUCCGUUGGGCUGGGGUAUCUGAAGACGCACGCCCUGGAGUUUGUCAAUUAUAACAAGCGUCAGAUGAGUCGGAUCUACCCUAAGGGGGGCCGAGUGGAUUCCAGUAAUUACAUGCCGCAGAUUUUCUGGAACGCCGGCUGCCAGAUGGUGUCUCUGAACUAUCAGACUCCAGAUCUGGCCAUGCAGCUGAAUCAGGGCAAGUUUGAGUACAAUGGAUCUUGCGGGUACCUGCUGAAACCCGAUUUCAUGCGCCGACCAGAUAGAACCUUCGACCCUUUCUCAGAAACCCCAGUGGACGGGGUGAUCGCAGCGACUUGUUCAGUUCAGGUCAUCUCUGGACAGUUCUUGUCAGACAAAAAGAUUGGGACGUACGUGGAAGUCGAUAUGUAUGGAUUACCCACGGACACUAUACGCAAGGAGUUCCGUACCCGGAUGGUCAUGAACAAUGGUCUGAAUCCCGUUUACAAUGAUGAGCCCUUCGUAUUCCGAAAGGUUAUCCUUCCAGACCUCGCUGUGCUGAGAAUAGCUGUGUAUGAUGAUAACAAUAAACUGAUUGGGCAAAGGCUCCUUCCUCUGGAUGGUUUGCAGGCAGGGUACCGGCACAUUUCUCUCCGGAAUGAGGGCAACAAACCACUCUCCCUUCCAACAAUCUUCUGUAACAUUGUCUUAAAGACCUAUGUCCCUGAUGGAUUUGGAGAUAUUGUUGAUGCGUUGUCAGAUCCAAAGAAAUUUCUGUCUAUUACGGAGAAAAGAGCAGACCAGAUGAGAGCCAUGGGUAUUGAAACUAGUGACAUAGCCGAUGUUCCAGCUGACAACACCAAGAAUGAUAAAAAAGGGAAAAUCAGCAACACCAAAACAAAUGUGACCCCUCAGAGCAGCUCUGAAGUCAGACCAUCUGUCACUACCACCCCCGGGACAACAACUGAAAAUAAAAAAGCUAUCGAUAUUCCUCAGGUGAAGGUAGAAGAAUUAAAACAAAUGAAGGCAUUCCUCAAGCAGCAAAAGAAACAGCAGAAAGAGGUCUCUGCGCUGAAAAAGAAGCACUUAAAAGAGCAAAGCGCUAUGCAGAAGUUACAGUGCACACAAGUUGACAAAAUAGUGGCACAGUUUGACAAAGAAAAAGUAUCUCAGGAGAGGACCUUAGAGAAAUCAAUCAAGAAGAAAGGAGCAAGCCACUGUCUUGAAAUGAAGAAAGAAACAGAAAAUAAAAUUCAGGUAUUAACUUCAGAUCAUAAAUCCAAGGUGAAAGAUAUUGUGGCUCAACAUACAAAAGAGUUCACAGAAAUGGUGAAGACACAGAGCGCUGAAGAGCAAACACUCCGAGAUCUCCAUUUAAGCCAACAGUGUGAGCUACUCAAAGAGUUACUGCGCGGGAUUCACACACAACAAAUGCAGCAACUCAAGCUGACCCAUGAUAAGGAAAGCAAGGAGAUGAAAGCCAACCAAGCAAAAUUGUCCAUGGAAAACUGCAAAGCCAUAAGCCAAGAUAAAUCUAUCAAAAACAAGGCUGAAAGAGAAAGGCGAGUGAGGGAACUGAAUAGCAGCAACACAAAGAAGUUCCUUGAGGAGCGAAAGCGGCUGGCAAUGAAACAGUCAAAAGAAAUUGAUCAGCUGAUUAAAAACCAACAGGAACACAUGGAGAUCCUGGAGAAGCAGAAUGAACAGCAUAUGAAAGCGUGUCAUGCAGUGUCUCAGUCACAAGGCAAAGGAGAUGCAGCAGAUGGUGAAGCUGGAAGCAGAGAUGGACCGCCGUCCAGCAACUGUUGUGUAAAGCUGCAGACUGCAAGCUGAAGAGAAGGAAUCCUCUGCUCUUUCAAGAACACUGUAAAAUACUGACCCCAAACACUGAAGCUGAAGCAUGCUCUCGUGCUGCGCUAUCCGGCCUAGCAACACAUAAAUAGGCAACUUUUUACAUUUUAAGAUGGGCAUGGUUCCUUUUAACAUUCUGAGCACUAUUGAUAUUUAUGCUAAAGGGAAAAAAAGGAAUACUGUUUAGGCAGAUGUUUUUUAAGAAGAGUAAUACGUUUGUUAAUAUCAUUUGUUUUAUUCUUUUUACUGUCACUUUUUAGCAAUUUUUUUAUUUGGUGGCGUGCAUAUGGAGAACCAUGGUGCUGGCAUCAAACAUCAAGGAGACAAACCAUGAGCUAGUUACCUAUAUGGUGUAUUCCAGGAGCACCAAUUAGUGUUGUGGCAGAAGAUACUGUGCAUCUGGUUGGCCAACUGCACAUGGAAAGCUUGUGCUUGAGCUGAGUAUAUAUGAUGGCUCUUCUGUGUUGACCAUACCUGGCAAGCACAAGCUAUAGAGCAUCCCCCAUAUGCCACUCUCUUAAGCAGUGGCCUGGGAAACCAAUGACUUUGUAUUACUCCAAAUAGAGAGCAAAAUGCUCAGCGAGGGUGUGUUUGCUCAUUGCCUAUGGAAUCCAAGCAAUUUCCUAAUUUUGCACCAUGACACUUUUCCAUUGAUAGGUCUUAUUCUUUAGUCUACACACUGGUACGUUUAGACUGUUAAUUUACAUAUAGUAGAAUAAAGGGAUUCAGCAAUAUCCUACUUGAUACUACUGUGUAAAAAAAAAUCACAUUUGGCACCAAAGAUAUGUAAAUUAUUCAGUUUCUGUAAAAGUAAAUGUCUGUUUAUAAUUUUAUUAUAAACGUAAUAUUUUAGAUGCCUUUAAACCACUAGCUUUAAUUAUUUAAUGGGAGAGUUUAUUCAAUCCCCCCCCCCAACCUGGAAGAAAAAUUUUGUAGCAAGCUUUUAAGCAAUAAAUACAGCGUGGACCUGCCCAUAUGAAAUGAGUGCUCAGAUGUUAAUAGGAUCGUGCAUUAGGCACUUUAAGAAAACGUUUACAUCCAAUAUUGUACAGAAGUUAAAUGUUGAUUUUAAUGCUGCAAAUUUCAGAUGUUACAGUGUAUUUUAAAAGAUAGUUAAAAUGGGAAUGAUAAAGGUUUGUAACUGUGAAGAUGUAUAAAGUAUUUAUACAUAUAAAUAUAUAUAUAUAUAAAGAUAUAUAUACUUGUACGCAAAUAUUGUAGAAUAUUCAUGUUAAUGCAGGGAGAACACUUUGUAAACUUUAGCUGAUGUUUGCAUGUUAUACACUGACCCCCUGCUGGUUAUGCACAAUACCAUAGCCAUGUUGUAUUUCUGUAAAUGUAUCACACCGUUGUACCACUCUUAAUACCCAACAGGUUUUUAACACUGCAAUGAUGUGUCCAUUCUAGUUUUGUGAUUUUUGUACUUACUGGAAGUCAUGGGAGCAGACAACCUGUUGUAGAGCUACAAGUCCCGUCAUAGGAUUUGCCAUUACAGGUUUCUAUCCAUUGGCUCCUUUUCUAUACAAGGCCACAACAUGAAUACUGUAUGCAGAAUUUCAGGCCGAGAUUUUGUGUUUGUUGCCGAGUUGAUGUGCAUGGUCCCCAAGCCUGUGCCAUUUCUAAUUACUGAGCAAAUGCAUGUGCCAGCCAUUCACUAGUAACAUAUCCAUGGUGCCAAUAGCUUAGAACAAACAAAUCUGCUCGCUUUGGGAUUCCCAAUUCAAGCAGACUUACCAUGGGAUCCCUUUUGAUGUUGAGCCCCAUUUUUAGGAAGCUGGUCAUUUAAAUAUAGACAAGUGCAAUAACAAGUAACCAGUUUCCUUUAAUAAUGACACUUCUUAUUCGUUUUUAGUGUCCUUCCUAUUAUAAGGUCAUGGCCUAGUGCAAGGCAAGUUUCUAUACUCCCUGUAAUGUAUCUUGAUCAAAUAAAAUGUUGUUGUAUAUUUACACAGAUAAAUAUUAAAUAUCACAUUUGCCAAUCUCUCCCCCAUUCUGACCUUGGUGAUGUCCGGUGUAUUGGUAGAUAAUUUACCUUUUUGUGCCUAAGCCCAAUGGUUACUGGUCUCUGUCUUCCACAAACUCACUAUUGCCUUUGAUUCUAUGAAAUACUCUUUAUCUGUGCUCUGGGACAGUCUAAUGUGAGACUGUCAUUGUGCUGUCUUUGAUUCUGUGCUUUGGGUUUAUUUUAUGGGCAACACCAUAUGGGGCUUUUGUGUUUCUGUUUGGGGGGGCCACAAUUUAAAGAGAAGAAUGAUUAUUGUUGAAUUUGAUUUCUAUUCUAGUGAGAAUAACCCUGCUUCUGGUGCCAGUAUGGCAAUGGGCUAUAAUGGAAGGCCAAUCCCAGCAACUCUCGGUGGCACUGCUGCUCUAUAACCUGCUCAUUUUCAGUAGCGUGGCUUUCAGAAGAAAAGCUGAAUUCAGCAGUAUCCUACACAAUCUCAAACCGGCAAUGCAAACAUCAAGUAUAUAUGUAGUCAGCUGUUUUAUGUGUAUUUAUCUUUUAAACACAGCCUUAAGCAACUGACCAUAGCCUUCUAUUUUAUAUUGGUGCAUAAAAUCCUGUUUUUAUGUUUAUCUUGUAUGGAUGAUGAUUUUUUUUUUAAUUGUUUUCUUCAAUAAAUCUUUUGGUGUUUUA